AUGCCUAUGGCCAUAUCUCACUCUGAUUUGACCCACAUUCCAACGCCUGAGGCUGGCCUAAAGAGUAGUGCCUUCAGUUCACCAAGCCCUCUUCGUGAGAUGAUAGAUUGCCCACGUCGUGAUCAAGAUAGCCGCUCCAUAGACCGACCUGUCGGUGAUGAUCCUGCUGCUCAACGAGGUCUACUGAAAACACGUAACGAAUUUCUUGCACAUUCCAAUCCAAGUUCUGUUGCUUCGGAGAAGGGAAAGAUGUUGGGCCUCAUCUCCAUCGGCCUGGGUUACUUUCACAAGCAUUUGACAGGUUUGAAGAUGCCACGUACACAUAUGAAGUCAUUGUUAUAUGAUCUUCGCCAUUACGCCUGCCACCAGAGCCACGAAAUGCCUGGAAGGAAGGAAUGCAUGGGAUUUCUUGUAAAGCGCAAGGAAGACUCCCACAGACUGUCGAGCACAUGA